AAUCAGAACACACACACACACUCUGAACCGAGCCGAAAAACAACUCUUCAAAACUUCUGCAGCAAUGGCCGAGAGACGCAUCCCAUUCUCCUUCAUGCGCAGCCCGUCCUGGGACCCGUUUCGGGACUGGUAUCAGGGCAGCAGACUGUUCGAUCAGUCUUUCGGGAUGCCUGCUUUAUCUGAGGAGAUGUUGACGUUUCCCAGCACGCACUGGCCAGGGUAUAUGCGACCAUUCGGACACCCCGAAUUUGCUUCUUUAAUGCAGGGCCCACCUGUGAUGCCUCCUAUGAUGACCCCGAGUUACGGACGAGCCCUUUCUAGACAGCUGAGCUCUGGGAUGUCGGAGGUCAAGCAGACCGGAGACUCUUGGAAGAUCAGCCUAGAUGUCAAUCACUUUUCCCCCGAGGAGCUGAACGUUAAAACCAAAGACGGGGUGCUGGAGAUCACUGGCAAACAUGAGGAGAGAAAGGAUGAACACGGCUUCAUUUCCAGAUGCUUCACCAGGAAAUACACUCUGCCCCCUGGUGUGGACUCUGAGAAGAUCAGCUCCUGUCUUUCUCCUGAAGGAGUCCUGACUGUUGAAGCUCCGCUUCCCAAACCUGCCAUCCAGGCCCCAGAAGUUAACAUCCCUGUCAACAAAACCACCGUCAGCACCACAAAAUAAACCCUGAGCGCACGCGCGCACUGACACACACAUACACACACAUUACUCUUGAUUUCUUCAAGAUGUUAACUCUUGAUGUUAAUGUCUUCUGGGUGUUUGUUAACUGUAUGAGAGGCUGGAUUGCCAUGUUGUAUUCUCAUCUCACUUUUAUGUCACUCUUUUAUCAUUAUCUUGUUUCUUAUCCUCCUCUCUUUUAUUUCUAAAUAAAAAAAAAUCACAUUUAGGUACUCAACAGUGUCUUAAAAUCAUUCUUGAUCAUUAAAGAAUAGGCAAACAUGA